AUGGCGGCUGUGAGCCCGGUGAAGGAGGUUCCGCCGCCUCUGCAAGACUUGCCGACGGCGAAGGAGAGAAAGUACGACCGGCAACUGAGGCUUUGGGGCGCAACUGGUCAAAUCGCUCUGGAAGAAUCGCACAUCCUUCUCAUCAACAAUGGACCAGGCGUGACAGGCGUCGAAACGCUCAAGAACAUCGUCUUGCCUGGGGUCGGCCAGUUCACCAUCCUCGACUCGGCUUUGGUCUCAGAAGCAGAUCUGGGCGUCAACUUCUUCCUAGAAGACUCGUCGUUGGGCAAAUUCCGCGCAGAAGAGACAGCCAAGUACUUGACGGAGCUCAACCCUGAUGUCCAAGGCAACUUCAUCACCGAACCGCUUGAGAGCUAUGCAACCAAGGAUAAUCUCUUCGCUUCCUAUAACCUCGUCCUGAUCGCCGCACCCAUCGAUCCUACUGUUCUCGCGCUGAUCAGUGAACACCUGCAAAAACGCGACAUCCCCGCCUUCUACAUCCACUCGCUUGGCUACUUCAGCCAUUUCUCGCUCUGCCUACCAUCUGCAUUCCCGAUUGUCGAAACGCAUCCAGAUCCUACUGCCACGACCGAUCUUCGCCUAUUAACACCAUGGCCGGAGUUACUCGACUUUGCGCGGAGAAAGACUGCAAACAUGUCCACGAUGAAAGAGGAUGAAUUCGCUCAUAUACCAUACGUGUGCUUGCUGCUACAUUAUCUCGAAGAGUGGAAGAAGCAACACGGAAAGCUACCAGAAUCAUACAAAGAGAAGACGGCAUUCCGAAGUCUGGUUCGCUCAGGCAGCCCGAGCGAAGAGAACUUUGACGAGGCUUGUGCGGCCGUGCUCAAGACACUGAAUCCUCCAACACCGCCAUCUUCUGUGCGGGAGAUUUUCAAAGCGCCUGAAGUGGACUCACUGACAUCCACAUCGCCACCUUUCUGGCUCAUUGCAAAUGCAGUAUCCCAGUUCUACGCUAAGCACGGCGAGCUACCACUUCCUGGAGCUGUUCCUGACAUGAAAGCUCAAUCAGACACAUACAUCCAGCUGCAAAACAUCUACAAGCAAAAAGCUCGGAAAGAUGCCGCCGAAGUCUUGACCAUUGUCCGCAGUAUCGAAGCAGAGACGGGGCGUGCCUCGGAUCUGGUUAUUUCAGAAGCUGACGUCGAGAACUUCUGCAAAGGAGCUGCUCACAUCUCUCUCGUCCGUGGCCGACCUUUCAAGAUCGCCACACCCGGCAUCAAGGCCACUUUCGGCGACCGGGCUAAGUUCCUCUGCAACCAGCUCACCAAUCCCGAGAGUCUCGUCGGCCUUUACAUUGCCUUCUAUGCAUGGGACCUCUUCGCAGCCAGCCACAGCUCUGGCCCAGCUGUGCCCGGCGGACCUGCACUGCAAGCUGCUGGUGCCCACGACUACGAACAAGAUGCCGAAAAGCUAGCCGAAAUAGCUCAGACUGUCGUCGAUUCUAUCAUCAAUGAAGCAGGAACGCGGAUUGAGGAUCCAGAGUACUCCAACAUCAAGACCUCUGUAGGCAACUACGCCCGCGAGCUUGCACGUGCAGGCGGCGGCGAAUUGCACAAUGUUGCUUCGCUAUCGGGUGGUCUAAUCGCUCAGGAAGUGAUCAAAGUGAUCACAAAGCAGUAUGUUCCUAUCGACAAUACUUGCGUCUUCGAUGGCAUCACCAGUCGGACUUGGGUGGGACGGAUUUGA